GCUUUUUUUUUCUUCCAACUCAAAAAAGGAGAAAGGUCAAAAGUGAAGAACAAAACAGUGCGUUUUGAGAAUCGGGAUAUGGGAAGCAAAGCAGGCAAAGGAGGGGAGAGGGGAUUUCAGGAGGAAGGAAGAUACAGAGUUGAAGAAGAAGAGAAAAGCGACCAAAAAAAAAAAAAAAUGGAGGAAGUGCUGAAUAAUAAGAAGAAGAGCACAAAGAAUUUCAGAAAGAGAAGCACUUCGGACGACGACCAUUUCGACGAACCUCAAGACGAACAAGAAAGAAGAAUGGCAUUGGAGGAGGUGAAAUUGCUUCAGAAGCAGAGACAGAGGAAAUUAGGGAUUCUGGCGGUGACCAACGGCUCUGGGAAUUCGGCGGUUGCUGGUGGUGGUGGUGGUGAGAAGAAGAUCCUUAACAACAAAGUGAGAGAGUCUGUUGUUCUUCUUGCUCAAGCGGAAUCCGGCUGUGAUGUCGACAAGGACAAGGACAAAGACGACCUCGUUCUCCAAGAUACCUUCGCUCAGGAAACUGCCGUCAUGCUUGAAGAUCCCAAUAUGUUGAAGUAUGUGGAACAAGAAUUAGCAAAGAAGAGAGGCAGGAAAGUUGAUGAAACAGACCAAGUUGAGAGCGAUUUGAAGCGUGCUGAAGACGAGUUAUACAAAAUCCCUGACCACCUUAAAGUCAGUCAUUUGUGUGAUUCUUUUGCUAUUUUAUUUUGAAGCCAAACCCAAAAUCAAAUUCUUAUAUAUAUAUAUGAAGAAAGCUCCACUCAGUGGACUACUGGUAUUGCCGAGGUUCAGCUUCCCAUUGAAUACAAGUUGAGAAAUAUCGAGGAAACUGAGGCCGCCAAGAAGCUUCUUCAAGAGAAGCGCCUCACCGGCCGCGCCAAAUCAGACUUUAGCAUUCCUUCCAGUUACACUGCGGAUUAUUUCCAGCGCGGAAGGGACUAUGCUGAAAAACUUCGAAGAGAGCAUCCGGAGCUGUACAAGGACAGAAGUUCACAGGAUGAAGGUGGUGGCGGAUCAAGACAACAUGAGCCAACCGCUGAUGCUGGUGCAGCAGCGCAAAGGCAAGCUGCAACAGAUCAAUUCAUGCUCGAGCGCUUUCGCAAACGAGAGCGCCUUCGUGUAAUGCGAAGAUAGUUGAACAUGCUCUUGUUCUUCAUCUACUGUAUGGAAUGCCCUUUGGCCUUUGGUCUCGUGCUUCAUGGAAGUGGCAGAGUCUGUUCGAUUUUCCUUCCUCUCUUUUUAUUUUUAUUUUUUUUGUUUGACUAAGAAUGGAAGAAACUCUUGUCAUAAUUCUUUAUAAUGUCCAUAUCUAUGAUUCUGCAUAUUGUGGGUGAAGGCUCACGCCCGUGCAAUAAACUUGUAUAAGUUCCUGCCGAGCGUGUUUAUUAACUUCCGGCCUCUGCGAUUUGUUUUUUUCAAGGAAUCUAACAAACAAUCCUAACUUUGUUUUCU